CCCUGCGCCGAGGCUGCUGCUCCGGGGCCCCUGCGCGCCGCGCCGCUCCCGGGCUCGGCGCUCCGGGGCUCGUUCCGGGGCGCGCGGAGCCCGAAGCCCGGGGGGGCGGGGGCGCAGCCUCGGCUCUGCCUCCUGCUGCGCCUGGGGCUGCUACUGCUCGGCUUCUGCCAGAUUGCAGAUGCAGGUGACUGUAGUGUUGAAUGUGGUCCGAUGACUUUAAGCUCCACAACCACUGAAAUUGAUUUACCAGACACCUUGUCUGUCAUCAGUGUGACCAGUGAAGGUGGCCAGGUGACUGGCCAGCUAAAGAAUAAUAGAAUUGUGGGGCUGAGCCCUGGGGAGAUGUACAGGAUCGAGCUGAAGAAUGGUAAUAGUACCUGCUGCAAAAAGUGGUCAACACAACCUAGUCCUGUAGAGGCCAUUGAGGUUGUCAGCGUGGGUACAACCGAGGUGACCCUGACCUGGAAGAACUCGGACCAAGCUGCUUCUCGGUACAAAUACGUUGUACAGUACGAGAAGGAACAGAGCAUCACCCUCCAGCAUCCGAAUGUUACUGUCAAAGACUUAGAACCUGGCACUUAUUAUGUAUUCUCAAUCUCCCCAGAAGUGGAAGGUGGGGCUCGGGGAGUCCAGAAGACUGUGAAUGUCACGACAAAACCGAAUCCAGUGUCCAAGCUCCAGGUCACAGAUGUGGGCAUAACUGAGGCCACUCUAAGCUGGCCCUCAGCUAAUGGCAGUGUGGCAACCCACCUCCUAUUUGAAUAUUUUGAAGAUGAGAACAAUUCAUCCUCCCACAUCCUACUUAAUAUUUCAGGCCUUGAGCCAGGUCUGCAGUACCAGCUCGCUUUCUUUCUUCCAGAACCAUGUCAGCUCCAAGGAGACCCCAACUUCACACAGAGCCAGACAGGUGUCAACGACAAAGAUAUGAGCACAGCAGACGGUUCGCUUCAGCCAACCUCUGACUCCAACACCUUGGCAUCUAAAUGCAACCUCCAAAAGAAAGCCCGGUCGCCUGCAGAUACCUCCCCAAACACAAGGGUCGAUGUUACCGGGUUAAAUUCGGGAACUUCAUACCGGGUCACUGUUUUUUCUCAAGCAGCCGGUGGGACUGAAGGAGACCCUCAAAUGAAAACCUUCAAGACUAAAUCUGUUCAAGUGUUUGAUGUCCAAGUUGAGAAUGUCACUGCCACAGAAGUGAAGUUGGCUUGGAAGAACAGUGAUAACUCAUCAUCCGACUACACAUAUAGAAUACAUGUUGCUGGGAAUGGUCCCCCUUUUAACCGGAAUUCUAGCGAUACCUGUGUUACCAUCAGUGAGCUCAAUUCUACCACGUUAUAUAACUUCACAGUGUAUCCUAAAAGAAACCAUGAUCCUGAAGGCCAGCCAGGCUUUACCCAGGCUUAUACAGCCCCUCAUCCAGUCUCUCAAUUUCAAGUGAAAGAUGUCACCACCACCAGCAUUUUCUUAACUUGGAUUGGCGAAGGCUCUUCCUUCAGGAUCCUUGUGAAAGAACUCACUAAUCAUUCAUUCUCCAGAAAUGAAACACUCCAAGAGAAACAGCUUCUAGUUACAAACUUAACAGCUGGGACACCCUAUUCUUUUGAAAUAUUUCCUCGAGCACCGGAUAAAAUGGAAGGAGACUCCCGAAAACUGGAACAAACAACGAUGCCGAGCGCCAUUUCAGACAUUGAAGUUGUAUGUGUUAACACAACUACAAUAUGCUUAAAGUGGCAGAACAAGGACAGUGCAUCCCUAGGGUAUCGUUAUCAUCUGCUGGUAGAAACAAAUGGAUCCCAGGUCCUUAACCUUACAACUGGAUUCCUUAAUGAGACCAUUGAAGGCCUAGUACCGGGUACACGCUAUAAUGUUACCAUCUAUCCGGAAGUAGGAAAUGGGACGAAAGGGAGUCCAACGUCAAAAGUUGUGUAUACAAAACCUAGUCCAGUGUCCACCAUCAAUGUUUCAAGCAUCAGUACUACAGAGGUAACCUUAAGCUGGCAACAAACUGACAGCGCCUCCACUGGCUACACCUAUCUCAUCAUACUUGUUGGGGGAGGGCCCUUCAGCCCCAUGCCACUGUCCAUCAACCAGACACUGAGGGCCAGAAAUACUACGAUCUCAGACCUGAGCCCUGGCACUUCUUAUGAAGUCAGGAUCUAUUCCCAAGUAGGAGAGAAUGAUCUUCAAGGAGAGCCUGGACACACAUUCUUCUGUACGGAUGCUGCAUCUGUGGCUUUCCUUGAGUGCAAUCCAGUGCCCAAACAACCAACCCUCACUUUAAGAUGGCCCUGCCCCCCUGGCAUGAACAGUGGCUUCAAUCUGACUAUCCGUAGUGGGGAGUGGAGCAGGGAAAUAAAUUUCCCAUCCUGCUCUCCGAUGAAUGGGGCCAAUGACUUUAAUGGAACCUCUGUGGCACAUUUAAAUUAUUCUACCACCUACAACAUCAGCCUCACCACCCUGUCCUGUGGGGAACAGAGUUUCCCCAAACAGAAUGUUUGCCAAACUAGUAUCACAGACCCACCUUCUCCACAUGGAUUGCCAAAUAUUUUCCCCAUCAGCCACAACUCAUUGAAAGUAAAAUUUGGCAAGUUUGAGGCAAGCCACGGACCAAUAACAGCAUAUGCGAUCAUCCUUACCACAGAUGGAAGUGGUAACAAGUCUUCUGUUGACUUUUUGAAAUAUACCUAUGAUGAUUUCAAGAAAGGAACCUCGAAGACCUAUGUGACUUACCUCAUGUCAGUGAAAGAGGAAAGAGCUGCCUCAGCCUUGUCGGAUGUCUUGAAGUAUGAAGUCAUUGUAGGAAAUGAAUCUACCACAGAUGGCUAUUAUAAUGGGAAAUUGGAACCCCUCAGCUCCUAUCGGGCUUGUAUUGCUGGCUUCACCAAUAUUACCUUUGACAACCUCCACCCUGGGCUCAUUGAUGGCACAGAAAGCUACGUCUCCUUCAGCUUCUAUUCAGAACCAGUCUCUUUGCCUCAGAAUCCAGCUGUUAUCUGUGGCGCUGUCUUUGGGUGUAUCUUUGGUGCCCUGGUGAUCGUGGCUGUUGGAGGCUUCAUUUUCUGGAGAAGGAAAAGGAAAGAUGCAAAGAAUAGUGACGUGUCCUUUUCUCAAAUUAAACCUAAAAAAUCCAAGGUAAUUAAAGUGGAGAACUUUGAAUCCUACUUUAAGAAACAGCAGGCCGACUCCAACUGUGGUUUCGCAGAAGAGUAUGAAGAUCUAAAGCUCAUUGGUGUUAAUCAACCGAAGUUUGCAGCGGAGAUUCCAGAAAAUAGAGGAAAGAACCGAUACAAUAAUGUCCUACCAUAUGACAUUUCCCGUGUGAAGCUUUCCAUCCAAACCCAAGUGACUGAUGAUUACAUCAAUGCCAAUUACAUGCCAGGCUAUUACUCUAAGAAGGACUUUAUUGCCACUCAAGGACCCUUACCUAACACGCUGAAAGACUUUUGGCGUAUGGUCUGGGAGAAAAAUGUUUAUUCUAUUGUUAUGUUGACCAAGUGUGUUGAACAGGGAAGGACCAAAUGUGAGGAAUACUGGCCUUCCAAACAAACCCAGAACUAUGGGGAUAUAACUGUGGCCCUGACAUCAGAAAUCAUUCUUCCAGAGUGGACGAUCAGGGAUUUCUCAGUGAAAAAUAGCAAGACCAGUGAGAGCCACCCUCUGCGCCAGUUCCACUUUACUUCCUGGCCUGAUCACGGUGUGCCGGAUACCACAGACCUGCUCGUCAACUUCCGAUACCUGGUCAAUGAUUACAUGAAGCAGAGCCCUCCGGAGUCUCCUGUGCUGGUACACUGCAGCGCUGGAGUUGGCAGGACAGGUACAUUCAUUGCCAUAGACAGACUCAUCCAUCAGAUGGAGAAUGAGAAUGCCGUAGACGUGUAUGGGAUUGUGUAUGACCUCCGCCUGCAUCGGCCUCUGAUGGUGCAGACAGAGGAUCAGUAUGUCUUCCUCAAUCAGUGCGUUUGGGAUAUUAUCAAAUCCCAGAAAGACUCCAAAGCUGAUCUCAUCUACCAAAACACGACGGCCAUGACCAUCUACGAGAACCUCGCGCCAAUGACUGCUUUUGGGAAGACGAAUGGUUACAUUGCUUAAUUCCAAAGGAAAACCUUCCUGCCCAGGACUUCCUGGGUCUGGCGCCCCCACAGCAAAGGGAAACGAAUGCACUGUUGUGGAUAUGUUUUUAUAUGUACAGUGUCUUAAUUUGUGUGUGCGUGUGCGUGUGCGCGUGUGUGUGCGUGUGUGUGUAUAUUCUGUUUGGUUAUGACCAAUCUUGAAGGCUUGAAGAUACACAUGUAAGAAAAUGCAAACAAGAUGUUGGACUUCAGGGACUGUGGCUGAGUAAACCAACUACAUUCUGGAUUAAGAAUAGGAUGAGUUGACUUUUUCCUUGGGGGUUGCAGACCAAUGAGGAAAAGUGAGCUGCAAAUCUUUUCCCCCCUCUUCUUUCUAAAGGACACAUGUGUGUUCUCUCUCUUUCUCUCUCUCCCUCUCUCUCUCUCUCUCUCUCUCUCUCUCUCUCUCUCUCUCUCUCUCUCUUUUUUAAAUGAGCAAACUCUUUUAUAUGGUUCACAUUCUGAAGCCAAGAUUGUGUUGAGUUGACUAUAUUUUGAGGAUCAGAAGUCUAUUUUUACCUACUGUAUCUUGGGAUCUCACUGAUGGAUAAAUGCAUAAUUUUGGUUGUUUAUAGUGUCAAGAGGGAGAUGUGGUAUCUCUCCUCCAUGUGGAUUUUAUAUUUAAACAUGUGCCUUUCCCAAUUACGCUUCCGUAGGCAAAAAUCAGUAGAUAUCUAUAUUUUUAUAUUGAAUCUCAUAAUUGGAAUAUACAUUAUAUUUAAAAAUAGAUUAGUAGAAAAGGCCCAGCCUUUUCAGUGCCAUUCCUAUGGUCUUUUUUAAAGCAAUCUUUCCUUCCCUCUUUCUUUUUUUUUCUUAUCUCUCCCUCCGUCUUUCCUCCCUCCCUAUCUUCUCACUUCUUCCUCCCUUUCUUUCUCCCUUCUCAUCUUUUUUCCCCCUUUGUCUCCUGUCUUAUUUCCCCUGCCCCCUCUUUAGUAUAUUUGACUUCACUUCCCUUCCCUAGUUUCUUCCCAAAGACUUGGUUCCUCUUGUCUCCUCAGCCCCUGAGUGGCUGGGCGGGAGUAGACCCGAGCUCUCUGCCCCCGUAGUGACGCAGCCCCGCUUGCCCAGACUGGGCUCUUUUGUUGUUUCUGUGUUUGGUAAGAAGGAUUAUUUAAAGGUGCAAUAUGUGAUGUAGUGAUUCAUGAUGCUCUAUGUUUUUCAGUAGAGAUUUACUCAGGUUGGUAUUUUAUGUGUGUCUUUUUUUUUUUUUUAAGAAAAUAAUGCGUGUGAUUCUGUGAAAACUUCUGUGUAACGAUCAGUGUCCAAUCAGGCCCCCUCUCCCUCCCCAAAGUCCACUGGCUCUUGUCUCUACUGCAGUGACCUGCAUUGAUAUCUACUGUAUAUAUAUCAAACUCUUGUGAGUCAGAACUGAGGUGUAAAAAAUUUGAAUUUGUAUCAAAGAUGUAAUUAUUAUUUUAAAAAAUUCUUUUCAAUACACUGCUGCUGUCAUGACUUUGCUCUGUUUCAAAUAUCAAUUUGGGUAGGCAGGUGUCAAAUGUGCGUUUCUUGAGAAUGCAAGAAUUAAAUGUGGAUGUUUUUAUUUUUUAUUUUUUAA